UUUGUAUUCUUUUUAAGAGGUCAUUUGUAUUAAUAAAAUGUUGCUGUAACUAAAUAAAAGAAAACAUGUUUGAAACAUCAACGCUUAUUUACAUGGGACAUUUCAUGUCAUCAUGGGGGGACAGAAUGUGGUAUUUUGCAAUUCCACUGUUUCUUACAGAUUUGGAUCCAAAGUCCCUGUUUUUGACUGCAGCGUAUGGGUUGACACUAUCUGCUUCUGUGCUUCUGUUUGCUCCAUUAGUUGGGGACUGGAUUGACAGAACUGGUCGUCUAACUGCAGUGAAAGUGACACUUGUGAUUCAAAAUAUGUCUGUGAUCAUUAGUGCUUUAAUCUUGCUUCUAAAUCGGGAGUUUGGGGACAUUAACUCAAGCUAUUUGAUUGUUGUCCAGAUAGCUGCUGUUAUUCUGGGAGCAAUUGGGACCCUUGCAAGUACAGCUACUCAGAUUAUAUUGCAAAAAGAUUGGAUCGUUGUCAUUGCUGCCAAGAAAACGGAUUUCCUCACUAAUUUAAACGCAACGAUGAGGAGAAUUGAUCUGUUUACAAAGAUUUUGUCACCAAUUGCCUGUGGACAGAUCAUGGCUCUGGCCACCUUGACAGGAGGAGCCGUCUUUAUUCUGUGUUGGAACACCGCCUCCAUGUUUGGUGAAUAUAUUCUUUUGAGGAUGGUGUAUAAGCGAACUCCAGAUCUUGCAAUAAAAAGAAGAGAAGAAGAAGAUGAAAUUGAGAUGGAGGAGUUAGGAGGAGGAGUUGAGGAAGAGGAGCAAGAUGAAAUCAACGAAAACGAGAAGAAAAUGGAAAAGAAACAAAAAAAGAAGAAAAAGAGUGUUUUUCAAAAAGUAUUUGGUUUCAUUUUAGUCAUUAAGGAUGGUUGGAAACUAUAUACUGACCAAGUCAUUGCUCUUGCGGGGCUGGGUUUUUCAUUUUUAUAUCUUACUGUUCUUGGGUUUGGGUAUGUGACAACUUCAUACGCUUACAAUCAGUGCUUUAGUGAGUUGCUGGUUGGUAUUGUGCUUGGUGCUGCAGGCUUCACUGGCAUUCUUGGAACCUUUGUUUUCCCUUUACUAAGCGCAAGGUUUGGUUUAGUUAAAUCCGGACUUUUCUCUGGAAUAUUUCAAGUUCUGACACUCAUACCUUGUGUGGCGUCUGUGUUUGUAGCUGGAAGUCCAUUCUUUUUGCUUCCAGUAAACAGUGUUAACCAGAAUUUAACUGUUGAGCCAACUCUAAGCUCUCUUGUGACACAGAACAUGUCUUCUUACACCACCUUACAACCUGCAAGCAAUUUUAGUGAAACCACUUUGCUUUCAGCUGUAGACGGAGCUGUUGUAUUGGAACCUGAGGUACUUUUCCGGUGUUUGAAAGGAGUUAAACCUCCAGUAUCUUUCCUAUCAAUGUGGUUGCUUACUGCUGGACUUGUGGCUGCAAGAGCUGGGCUGUGGAGUUUUGAUUUAGCAAUGACUCAACUUAUUCAGGAAAAUGUUAUUGAAUCUGAGCGUGGGAUCGUAAAUGGCGUCCAAACCUCCCUCAACAUGCUGAUGGAUUUGCUUAUGUAUGUUGCUGUUUUAAUCUUGCCCGACCCUGACCAGUUUGGAAUUUUAAUUAUUUUGUCAGCAGUUGCAGUAACUACAGCUUAUGUGUUGUAUGCUAUUUUUGCUAUUAAGUCGGGUAAAAGAUUUGAUCAGCCAAAACAUACUAAAGUUAAGCAGACAGAUAAUGCAAUAGAGACAUAGUGGAUAAUGAGACCAAUCUUUAUAAUCAUGACAAACUGAAGAUAAUAAGUUAGUCAUUUUUAGGAAGCAUCCUGUCAUGUCAUUGUUAAAUUGGUUGCAUUACCCAGUAUAUAAGAUGCAGUUCACUACUUGCCUAUUGUUUCAAAAUAUGAUUGUUUAGUAUUUACUUACAUGAGUAGUAUUGCCAAAUGUUUUAAACUAAGCAUUGUGCAUUGCAUCAGAUGUGUGUUGAAGCAAGCAACAAUAGCUAAUAAUUUUACACAUCAGUCAAUUUGUUCACAGCUCUAAUAUAUUCUAUAUUCCUUUAGUUUUGCAGUUUCAAUGUUUUUAUACUUACUUAGGUUUUGACUAAUGUCUAAUACCAAAAGGAAUACAGGUUUUAAAUAUGUGUCAUUGCAAUAAAUUACUUGAUUUUUUUUAAUUGUUUUUAUUGUAAUGAAGUUCAGACAAAUAUCUUGUCAUAGCUCACAUAAUUGACAACCAGUUAAAUUUCAUGCAUUAUCUUGUCUAUAAUUUGUGUCAUAUAGACUGAUAUAAAGAAUGCAGUGUUCUGUGUUCAUAUUACGUUCCAUCAUUGUGGAAGGUGCUAAAUUUAUGUUUGUGUUUACUAAUUUGUUGGCAAUUUUUUUUUCUUGCAUUGUUUUUGUUAUUAAUAUUGCUUCAGUGCCAAGUAGUGAAUAAUUCAAAAUGGAAAAUUAAGCUUAUAGAUUAUUUUUAAUAUUGACAUAACAGAUCUCCUUAAACCUUAUAGUUACACAAGCGUAUUUUAAAUAAUAGAGCAUUAUAAAAACAUAUAAUUAAAUUAUUGGGAUUGCCUUUUAUAUUGCAGUUAUCACGUCAUGUCAGUUGAUUUUGUUUUAACUAUUACACAACGAACUAAUUUA